AAAUACAUGAAUGCUGUUGUGAAAACUCUGAAAGAAAUGGAAAGCAAUUCGAUUCAUGGAUUUCUUGUUGUGUAUAUUACUACCAUGGAUGGGGCACACAAAAUUGGUGAGGUCGACCAGGCAACCCCGCUCAGAGUCAGGAACCUGGAAGUGGACUUGGCGGCUAGGGUUCUGGUCCAAUAGACCUGGAUUCGACUGUUUGCACCUCUACCAUGGACUGGCUCAAGUUUCUGAUUUGUCACUUCUUCAUUGACUUUUAUUUAUAAAUUUCACAUUUGCAGUGCACACGCAAACAUGUGCACAACAAGGAGAGAAAACUGAAUACGAAGUGCCCCUCUAUUUCUUGGCAAGAGCUUUGUUGGUGGGUCGUGGAGUCAUUUUCUUCAUAGUUAUUUGUUCCUUGCCUGUUUCCGAGUGCUCUCUGGAUGAGGAAACGAUCAGGCGUGUGCAUUGAGUGGUCUUUUUUCAUUUCCUGAGUUCUGUGCCUUUAAGUUUCUCUCUCUUCUUAUUUUACCUUGUUUUCAAUAAUUCAAAAUCAAGCCUUCACUACCAUUGAAUGCCAAUCUGCUUCAAUGGCUAUAGCAGCCACCAUAUGUCCAACCUUGACUAUUCAUUCAACCCCGAAAAACUUGUCCAAAAACUCAGACCAUGUACCUGCACCCAAAUCUGUCUCUCUGUUGGAGAUGUGCAAAGACAUGAAAGAACUAUGCCAAGUCCAUUCACAAUUCAUCAAAUCAGGCCAUAUCAAUGACAAAUUUACAGUUAGUCGAAUCCUGGCUCUUUCUGCACUUUCAGAUUUUGGUAAUUUGCACUAUUCGCGACUAAUUUUUUACCAUAUUUCAAAACCCAACUCCUUUAUUUGGAACACCAUGAUCAGAGGAUGUGUACAGCACGGCUCUCCUGAGGAAGCCAUUCUUAUGUAUAUUCAGUUGUUACAAAGUCCUAUUUCUCCUAAUGAACUGACGUUUCCAUCUGUUCUGAAGGUCUGUUCACAGUUGCAGGCCUUAGAGGAAGGGAAACAAGUUCAUGCCCAGGUCACAAAAUUUGGGUUCGGCUCAGAUGGGUUUGUGCAAAACUCACUGAUACAUAUGUACUCAAUGUGCCAUGAAAAUUGCGAGGCACGCACACUAUUUGAUAAAAGUGUGAGACCUGAUAUUGUAUCAUGGACAUCAAUGGUAUGUGGUUAUGCCAAGCUCGGGAUGAUUGACUCUGCGUUUGAGUUGUUUGAACAAAUGCCUGAGAAGAAUUCAGUUUCUUGGGAUGCUUUGAUCUUUGAAUGCUCAAGGUUGGGUAGAGUAGAAAUGGUCGAUUCUUUGUUUCAAAGGAUGCCUCGGAGAACUCUAAAUUCAUGGAACUCCAUGCUGUUUUGCCAUGCUAAUUUUGGGUCGGUUUUGAUGGCCCGUUCCCUCUUCGAUAAAAUGCUAGAAAGGAACGAAUUUUCAUGGCACACAAUGAUUUCAGCUUAUGUGGACAAUGGCUUAUUGGAACAGGGCCAUCAACUGUUUGGUCAGAUGCCAUGUAGGGACGUCGUAGCAUGGCAUUUAAUUUUAUCUGGGUAUAUGAAACAAGGAGAAGCAGAAAUAGCGCAAAAUUUGUUUUAUGAGAUGCCUGAAAGAAAUGUCAUCUCUUGGAACACUAUGGUAGCGGGGUUUGUGCGGAAUAGCCGAUUUGAAGAGGCAUUGCUUCUAUUUCAAGAAAUGCAGAAGGUAUCAGAGGUGAAGCCAAACAAUUGGACCCUUCUGAGUAUCCUUUCAGCUUGUACUAGCUUAGGGGCUUUAGAUCAAGGCCAGUGGAUUCAUGCGUACAUUGAAAGAAACCACAUAAGAAAGGAUGCAAUCCUAGGAACUGCACUGAUUGACAUGUACUCGAAAUGUGGAGCCAUGGGAAAGGCCCAGCAAGUGUUUCAUGAGUCCACCGAUAAAGAUAUCGGCAUGUGGAAUGCCAUGAUUUCAGGCCUUGGCCACCAUGGCCAUGGUAGAGAGGCCAUAGAACUCUUAUCAGAAAUGUUGGAGUCAAACGUCAAGCCAAAUGCAAUAACCUUUGUGGGACUAUUGAGUGCCUGUAGCCAUGCUGGCUUGGUGGAUGAAGGUCUUCGCCAUUUCAGCCUCAUGAGUGAGGUUUACAACAUAAACCCUGGGCUAGAACAUUACGGAUGCAUGGUUGAUCUGCUUAGUCGAGCCGGUUUCCUUUUCGAAGCCAAAGAUUUCAUAGAAAGUUUGCCUUUAAAACCCAGUAUCAAAAUGUGGGGCGCUCUCCUUACUGCUUGUAUGAGCUAUUCCAAUCUUGAAUUGGGGGAAUAUGCAGCAAAACAACUAAUGGAAUUGGAUCCAGAGGACUCCGGUAACUAUGUUACAUUGUCAAAUAUUUAUGCUUCAAAGGAGCAAUGGGCUAAGGUAGUUGAAGUGAGAGAGGAGAUGAAGAAGAAAGGACUCAAGAAAACACCAGGUUGUAGCAUGUUCACUGUAAAUGGGUUCUCUUACAAACUUUUAGUUGGCGAUAGAUCCCAUGAUCAAAGAGAAAAGGUUUAUUCCAUGUUGGAGGAGAUGGGGAAGAGACUGAAAGAAGCAGGGCAUGUUGCAGAUCCUACUCAUGUACAUUUGCGGCUCAAUACGAGAGAGAAGGAAAUUGAGCUUGCGUAUCAUAGUGAGAAGCUGGCAUUAGCAUUUGGGCUGAUCAGCACAAAGCCUGGAACUCGAAUAUGCAUCUUUAAGAAUCUACGUAUUUGUGGAGAUUGCCAUUCUGCCAUAAAACACUUGUCGAAGAUUUAUAAUCGAGAAAUAGUGGUGAGGGAUCAGAGCCGAUUUCACUGUUUCAAGGAUGGAUCGUGCUCUUGCAUGGAGUUUUGGUGAUUCGAUGAAGUCAAUAUCCGCUGGAAUUGCGGGGUAAAGGUUCUCUGAUAAAAAGUGCACCCCGCACAAAGAGCAAGUGUACGAUGUGCAGCAGAGAAAUGGUAUUUCCUCAAUAAU